UUUUGUGCUCAUACAAAUUCUGCUUUACUCGCACAUUCGUAGUGUUGAGUUUCUGCACAGUCUGUCUUCUCGCCGUCGCUGUGACCGUCGUGUCGUUGCCGUCGUUAUUCUUUGUCGAUUGAUUUUUGGGCAAUAGAAAAUUGUAAGUGAAAAGUUUCCAACGCCAAUUCGUUGCACCAUCAUAUCGCACAAAUUCUCGGCUAGUUUUACAAAAUUCCGUGACAGUUAAAGUGAGUUUUCGCAGCCCCGCAGAAAACACGAAAGUAAAAACAAAUCAACAAGAUGUCCGAGUAUUGGCUUAUUUCAGCCCCUGGCGACAAAACAUGCCAGCAAACGUACGACACCAUGAACAAUCUCUGUAGCAAACAAAAUAAUCUGUGCAACAACUAUAAGUUUCAUAUACCCGACUUGAAGGUCGGUACACUCGAUCAAUUGGUCGGACUCUCCGAUGAUUUGGGUAAACUGGAUACUUAUGUGGAGCAAAUUACACGCAAAGUUGCCGCCUAUUUGGGUGAGGUGCUCGAGGAUCAACGCGAUAAGUUGCACGAAAAUUUGCUCGCCAACAACACCGAUCUUUCCGUGUACAUUACCCGCUUUCAAUGGGAUAUGGCCAAGUACCCGAUUAAGCAGUCGUUACGUAAUAUUGCCGAUAUUAUUUCGAAGCAAAUUGGGCAAAUUGACGCCGAUUUGAAGACCAAGUCAACGGCCUACAACAGCCUGAAGGGUAACUUGCAAAAUUUGGAGAAGAAGCAAACCGGCAGUUUGCUGACCCGUAAUUUGGCCGAUUUGGUCAAGAAGGAGCACUUCAUUCUCGAUUCGGAGUAUUUGACCACAUUGCUGGUAAUUGUGCCAAAAAUUCUUGCUAACGAUUGGUUGGCCAACUAUGAGAAGAUCACCGACAUGAUUGUGCCACGUUCCUCGCAAAUGAUCACACAAGACAAUGAUUAUUGCUUGUUCAAUGUGACACUAUUCAAGAAGGUGGUGGAAGAGUUCAAGCUGCAUGCGCGUGAACGUAAAUUCAUUGUACGCGAUUUUGUGUACAAUGAAGAAGAAUUGGCAGCUGGCAAAAAUGAGAUGACCAAGCUCAUAACCGACAAGAAGAAGCAAUUCGGCCCAUUGGUCAGAUGGUUGAAGGUGAACUUCAGCGAAGCUUUCUGUGCUUUGGUGCAUGUGAAGGCGCUGCGCGUAUUUGUAGAAUCCGUUUUGAGAUACGGUUUACCCGUCAAUUUCCAAGCCAUCCUCAUCGAACCCAACAAGAAGAGCGCGAAACGUCUACGCGAAUGUCUUAACCAGCUGUAUGGGCACUUGGAUGGCGCUUCGGCUGGUGGUCAAAGCAAUGCCGCCAGUAUGGAUGCCGUUGACAUCCCCGGUUUGGGCUUUGGCCAAUCAGAAUACUAUCCUUACGUGUUUUAUAAACUGAACAUCGAUAUGGUGGAAACAGCAAAAAUCUAAAGUUGCUUUGAGUUGAACGCUCAAUAAUCCAAUUUAGCCUAAUCACAAAAGAAGAGAAAUACCUUUACAAAAUAUGUUUACAAAAUAAGAGAGAAGAGCAACAAACUAUAAUUAUCCCACAAAAGAAAUCAAGCAAAAACAAAGUUUAUAAAAAUCUUUAAAAUAGUAUAAAGUAAAUACUAAAUCAUAUGUAUGUAUGUUGUCAGUUCCAGUACUUUGUUUGGUGAAUCGACAGCGGGAGCGCACUCCUAGGGUGCAAGCGAAACAACAUUAGUUAGCUCGCUCGCAGCCAAGCGAACAGAUAAAAGAGAUAAACACACUGCUAUUCAUCUAUUUUUUUGCCAUAAAAGAAGCGUCUUCUAAAAAUUUUGUAAUUAUUUCUCUGUGUUGUUAAAUUUUUAGUACUUUCAUUUAUAUAUUUGUUUUAUCAUUGAUUGUGAAAAUUAGUUCACACAUACAUAUUUCUUCUAUUGUGUAUUUGAAAGCAGCAUCGUUGUAAAGAUAAUUGGGCCAACAAGUUUUUAAGCAAACAUUUGGCUGGAAUUGUGAAAGUUUAAUUAAUUGUAGAACUGUAGAUUUCUUUGUUUCGUUAUUCUACUUUUUGUGUGUGGUUUAUUAAGCCAAUUUGACAGUAUUUUCUAUAUCCUUUUUAUCUGUCAUUGUGUUGAUAGUUAAAACUCUUUCUUAAAUUUUUCAAAUAUCGACGGGGUGUUUUUGUUUUUUAUUACGAGUAUAAAAUGUAGCAAUGUAGCAAUUUAGCGCAUGAAACGGCCAGAUAAUAGCAACUAAUAGCAAUGUUUUUCGUAUCAUGAAGCAGGAUGUAGCAAUUUUACGGCUAUUAUACACAUACAUACUAAAAAAUUCUUGCGUUGAUUUAUUUGUUAACCCCAAAAGUGUUCUUAGUUUUUACAUACUCACACAUACCAAUGUUCCGCAGCUUCGGUGUAUGUAAAGGCAGAAGCAAAAGUAAUGGAACGCAAAGCGAGUUGUGAGUUUAGUUAAACUAAAUUUCAUAAUAAAUGACAAAAACGAAAACACACAGAAAAUUGUAAUAAGGAAAGGACACCAUUAGAACAUUAAAGUUGUUAAAUAAAUCAACGGAAUACUAAAUUCACAGUACUCAAUGCUAUAUCCUAUUGCAACUAGCAUUGAAGUGAGUAAAAUUUAUAUUUACUGAAUGUAUGUUUAAUGUUAUUGAAAAAAGCAAUUUUUGUUUUUUAAUAAUAAUACACCAUAACUGGCGCUAUAUUGCUUGCGUUAAACUUGAAAUCGUGAAAAACAAAAAAAAUGUAUUUCAAAUAUCAAUUAAAUCGCUUAAAGAAGGGCGUAAGAGAAGUAGUUAGCGGUUGUUGCAUCUUUGUUUUAUCGCUACAAACAAAUUUUAGAAUUCAAUUUAAAGCAAAAAUUAAAUUAUUGUACACAGUUUAUUUCAUCAACCGCCACAACUUCUCUUACACACACAACACAUACAUAAAAAACCUCUUUGUGUCCCCUCUACCCCACGACAUUGUUGAGAAAGAGAACGUACAAUAAUAUUUGUAAACUCUAAACUUAAAUUUAAAUAAUUAUACAUACUAUAUAUACUAUUGUUAUGAAGAAAAAGUGAAUAAUUCAAAUUUUAUUGCAUAUUAAAAGGUACACAUCGACUUACACAAGCCUACAGAAACACGCAUACACACCGACAUACCUUAAAACACAAACACACUACUUAUUUGAAACAAAAAAAUAACAAAACAAAAACCAAAAAAAUAACAAGAAGAACAAACUCUAUGUAAAUGUACAUUUCGAGUAUUUAAGCAGUCAGUAUGAAAAGAUAAAUGAGUUUGAUGAAGCGUAAAAGAGUAAACAGCUAACGCCAUCCUUGUAAAUAAUUAUAUGAAAAAAAGACAUUCCAA